AUGGGUAAAGACACUUUUGAGUUGGGAGGCCAGGAAUGGCCAAAGGUCACUUGGUGGAAGAUGAAGGGCAUGCGCUUCGUUUAUCUUACCCUGUGGGCGGCCAUGAUCACAUCCGCCACCAAUGGUUAUGACGGAUCUUUGAUGAACGGAUUGGAAUCCAUCGAGUCAUGGAAUGAAUCCUACAAUUAUCCCCAAAAGGCGACUCUCGGACUUCUAGCAGCUUCGAUGUCAAUUGGCUCCAUGCUUUCCAUCCCGGUUGUUCCUUACGUUGCCGAUAUUUACGGUCGUCGCGUCGGGGUAGUUGUUGGCUGUAUCAUUAUGCUCUUUGGCGUCGCUAUGGUCUCGAUCGGAUAUCGUGUUGCACUUUUCGUCGUGGGGCGCAUUGUCCUUGGCUUCGGACUCGGAAUCGCACAGGAGUGUUCACCAUUGCUGGUAACCGAGUUGGUUCACCCACAACACCGAGCCGUAUACAGCAGUAUCUACAAUUCGCUGUGGAGUGUACCCGAAUCCCCUCGUUGGCUGAUCUCGAAAGGACAACUCGAAAAGGCCAAGAAAGUCCUUGCCUACGUGCAUGCCCAAGGCGAUGAAGAUGAUGCAUUGGUCAAUGUGGAGUUUGAGGAGAUUCGCCAGACCAUUGCUCUGGAGAAGGAGCUUGAGAAUAACAGCUGGUCGGAGUUCUGGUCAACCGCUGGUAAUCGCCAUCGAUCCAUCAUUCUCAUCUCGAUCGGAUUCUUCUCCCAGUGGUCUGGAAACGGAAUUGUGUCAUACUUCCUCCCUCAGGUUUUGAAACUCAUCGGAAUCACCAACAGCAAUACCCAACUCACAAUCAAUCUCAUUCUCAGCGCCGUCAACGUCGUAUCAGCCACUGGAAUUUGUUUCUGGGUUGAUUAUUUCGGUCGCCGGAAGUUGUUCCUGUUUUCCAGCUGCAGCAUGUUGCUCUGUUACAUCGCCACCACUAUCGCGCUUGCUCGCUUCGAUGCCGACAAGCCCAGUACCAAUAAUGCCGCCGCUCAUGCCGUCAUCGCCUUCAUCUUCCUUUACUAUAUCUCAUACAACAUCGGAUACAGUGGUUUACUUGUGUCAUACUCUUCUGAGAUUCUGCCAUACCGUCUCCGUGCUAAGGGUUUGACAAUCAUGUUCUUCUGUGUUGAUAUGAGUCUUUGGUUCAACCAGUAUGUCAACCCCAUUGCCUUGGGUGACAUCGAGUGGAAAUACUAUAUUGUUUACUGUGUUUUCUUGGUAUUUGAGAUUUUCGUUGUGUGGAAAUACUAUAUCGAGACCAAGGGAAUUCCUUUGGAGGAAAUUGUCAAGAAGUUCGAUGGUGAAGGGGCUGUUCUGGGUGGAGCCGCGGCUUCAGAGAAAAUUCAACAGCUCACUGACCAGGGAGCAGUCUCGACCGGGUACGAUGGCGAGAAGGCUGUCACUACCCAGGUUGAACUAAGAGUUUGA